AUGAAUACCGAAUACGACUACCUCUUCAAGCUGCUUCUCAUUGGAGAUUCUGGUGUUGGCAAGUCUUGUCUUCUGCUUCGAUUCGCCGACGAUACCUACACUGACUCUUACAUUUCCACUAUCGGUGUUGAUUUUAAGAUCAGAACUUUAGAGCUGGAAGGAAAGACCGUCAAGCUGCAGAUUUGGGAUACUGCCGGACAGGAGCGUUUCCGAACCAUCACUUCUUCAUACUACCGAGGAGCCCACGGUAUCAUUGUCGUCUACGAUGUGACUGACCAGGACACAUUCAACAACGUCAAGACUUGGUUCCACGAGAUUGACCGAUACGCCACCGAGGGCGUCAACAAGCUGCUUGUGGGUAACAAGUCCGAUAUCACCGACAAGAAGGUCGUAGAGUACACUGUGGCCAAGGAGUUUGCCGACUCUCUGGGCAUCCCUUUCCUGGAGACCUCGGCUAAGAACGCCACCAACGUUGAGCAGGCAUUUUUGACCAUGGCACGUCAGAUCAAGGAGCGAAUGGGCGGAGCUGCCGAGAACACCGCCGCCAAGGCCAAUGUCAACCUCCGAGGCCAGAAUGUCUCUCAAGGUUCCAGCAGCUCUUGCUGUUAA